UUCUUAUGCCUCGCACAAUGUCCACCAGUCUUCAAUGUUUACUCGACUGAGUCACCAUACCCGCACAUUGUGAAGACUAAGCUCCCCCAUAACUAUAGCUCUGCCCACUCUCCUCGACUUCUCCCCACAAUCUUUUCAACACGGCUGUCUUUCGGGUACAUCAUAAACCCCGAGGUUCAAAACAAGCUUAGAAAUACAACACAAGGCAACAAGUCUCUAAAAAACGCAAGAUGGCAACCACCGUUCUCCCCCUCCACGACCUCAACCCCCACCAAGGUCCACUCAACAUCCCUCCAACACUCCCACCACGCCCACCAGCAGCGUCCCGUCUCAAGAACUCCAUCAAAAGCCUCUGGGCCAAUGAAACUUUCAGGUCCUGGGGAAUUCCCCUUGUCGGAGGGGCGCUUAUUAUUGCGAUGUUCGUGGUUGCGGUAUGGGGCGGAGCAGAAUUCGGUAAACGUCACCCAGAACGUAGUUUUCUCUAUGAACCCCUAUGGGAAGCGGACCCACACGUCACGACAACUGUAGAGGUUGUCAAGCAGGCUGUCCGGACAGGGUUCACCACUGUUUGGACGCAGGUCGAGGCUGGGAAGAUGGCGAGUAAGACUGGUGGGGAGGGACCGAGAGCUACAUUGUAG